AGUAGGAAGAAUAACGCUACGAGAGAGGUCAACACAGUGAUCGGACAUGGCCUGGUUUCCUACGAACGGCACAAAGCCGCUGGUUGGCGGCAAUAAUUACGUAUUGAAUGCUUUGAACUAUAUUAACGAACUGAACGAGUCUUUCAGUGCUGAACAGCACAAGUGUCUUGAACGCCAACAGGAACGUGAAAACCAGAAGCAGGAACAGCAAGAAUGCGAAAUGAGCUGGGACACCAUACUAUGCUGGCCUCGAACGAUAUCCGGUACCUUGGCUACUAUCCCCUGCUUCGACGAGCUUAACGGAAUACCUUACGAUAAUACUCAAAACGCCAGUCGCUGGUGUUGGCCGAAUGGAACCUGGGACAAUUACUCCAAUUAUUCCAUGUGCCGCGACGUGCAGUUACCAACUAUCGAGCCCGGUAUAGAAAUCACAACUACACUAUAUUUCAUUGGCUACAGCCUUUCCUUAUUUACUCUAAUAAUGGCGGUCUGCAUAUUCAUUUAUUACAAAGAGUUACGGUGUCUCAGAAACAACAUACACACGAAUCUAAUGUUUACUUAUAUCCUGGCUGAUUUGACAUGGAUUUUAACUACUGUGAUGCAGGUAUCUAUGCAAACGGAUAUACCAACUUGCGUGAUAUUAUUCUCGUUUCUUCAUUACUUCCACUUGACAAAUUUUUUCUGGAUGUUCGUCGAAGGUCUAUAUCUGUACUUGUUGGUCGUGAAAACAUUCACUGGCGAUAAUAUAAAAUUGAGACUCUGCUUGGUGAUUGGCUGGGGUAUCCCGGUGCUUGUAAUAGCCAUGUGGGGAAUUGCCAAGUCGCUGGAUCAAAAAAUCAUAAACCACAUCAUGAAUCAAGCUAACCAGGAAGUGGUGCUCUGGAGACACUGUCCCUGGAUGAUACCGCAUCCGUACGACUGGUUUUAUCAAGCGUCUGCUAUAAUAGUUCUAGCAGUGAACAUGGUAUUCCUUUUCAUGAUUAUGCGGGUGCUGAUAACGAAGCUUUGGUCCUCUAAUAACGUGGAGACGCAGCAAUAUCGGAAAGCCAGUAAAGCUCUCUUGGUGUUGAUACCACUUCUAGGAGUGACGUAUGUGUUAGUUAUAGCUGGACCUACUGAAGGCCAAGUCGCCAAUGUAUUCUCUUACGCACGUGCGAUUCUGCUUUCUUCGCAGGGAUUCUUUGUGGCGUUGUUUUACUGCUUUCUCAAUACUGAAGUACAGAAUACAGUUAGACAUCAUUUCGCACGAUGGAGCACUACACGAAAUCUUGACAGCCGUCGGAGAUUGUGCCAGCCAUCGAAUCCAUACAGAAAGCGGGAGUCUACAGUAAGUGAGACUACCACUACGACAGUAAUAGGCCCGAAUUCCACCACGACAUUCCAUCUCGAUAAAUCCAAAGGGGUUAUUUCGGAAGCUCUUAACGAAUGAUAUAAGAUACACGACAGAGAUUAAAUGUAGUGGGAUCAAAUCCCGUCACAUUGCUGCAAUUAGCAAUUUGCAUGAUUCGAUUGAUUCUUUAUAUUAUCUACGAAUGGUGGACCAUUACAUGCAUGAAAAUUGUUGCAAUUCGCAACGCUUUCCCCAAGACUUUAUUAUUAUUCUUGUACAAUUAAUUUAUGUGAAAGAAAUGUCAUCGAUAUACUCGACAUACUCGAUAUAUUUUCA